GUACAUCACAAGCAAGAUGGAAGAUAUUUUCAGUUCCCAGUUGGCUCUGGGAAGUUGAUCUUUAUUCAACUAUUACAGUCUGUGUGGUGAAGGUGUUCCCACAAUGCUGCAUGUAAAAGAUUUACCAGCUACUUUCUCAGUAAUGAUGAAGAAUCAUUAUUGUAUGUCCAAGUCAGCAACAAUGAUUUGUUCUUGUACAGUGCUUUUCAAAUAAUAAAACAAUCCAAGGAAUUUCACACAAACGUUAGACAGCAGAACUUAAUACUGAGCCACAUUAGGAGAUGUUAGAGCAAGUGACUAAAAGCUUAAUCUGAGAGGUAACAUUAAUAAAUAUCUUAAGAGAAAUUUGAGUUAGAGUUGGAGAGGUUUAGGAAGGAAAUUCCAGGGCUUGAGGCCUGGAAAAGCCACCAAGUAAGUUGCAAUUAAAACUGGGAAUGCUGAAAUGGCCUAAACUUGAUGAGCACAAAGAUACUCCAGUACAGAGAUUAGAGAUAGGAUGAUGACAACUAUGAAGGAAAGCUGGGAUGAGCAAUUUUAAGUUUUGGUACUUAUUAAUCACCUUUGUCGAUCAUUGUGCACAGGGUGCUGGGUGAACAAGACUUGGUGAUAGUCCAUAAGCAGCAAAGUUUUGGAUGUCUCAACACUUCAGGAGAGUUCAAUGUACUGCCCCACAAGUUACUACAUUCAUUCAGUUAAUUGCACAACCUGCCUGUUUUCUCUCAAGAGUUCUCUUUCAGUUUCUUUUUUAUGCUUUAAUUCAAUUUCACAGAACAUUUAAGAUGGAGGAUUUACAACGCAAACGUCACAUCAGAGCUGACAAAGUUGCUGAAUUUACCAUAGCCUGAUAAGAAUCUUGAGUAUGGAUGGAGAAAACAGUGUUGAUAAGCUCACUGGCGACAAACCAUGGAAAUGUGUGGACUGCAAAGUAGGAUUCAGAUAUCCAUCUCAGCUGGAAACCCACCGACGUACUCACACUGGCGAGAAGCCAUUCUUUUGCUCUGUUUGUGGGAAGAGAUUUGCCUUGUCAUCUGACCUACUGAGACACCAGCGGGUUCACACCGAUGAGAGACCUUUUAAAUGUCCAGACUGUGGGAUGUGCUUUAAAAGUACUGGGAACCUGCUGUCCCAUCAACGUGUUCACACUGAUGAAAGGCCAUUCAGAUGUUCUCACUGUGGGAGUCGUUUCAGGCGAUCAUCCCAUCUCUCUGUACACCAGCGAACUCACACUGGGGAAACAUUCUCCUGCUCCAAGUGUGGGAAAGAAUUCACUCGGGGAUCCAGAUUGCUGAAACACCAGAAAAUUCAUACUCAGCCGAAACAACUGGCCUGUCCUGAGUGUGGGAAGGGAUUCGCUGAGUUAUUCUCCCUGCUGAGUCACCAGCGGGUUCACGCUGGGGAGAGACUGUUCAUAUGUUCCAAGUGUGGGAAGGAAUUUACUCAUUCAUCCAAGCUGCUAUCAGACCAGGACGUUCAAACUGGGAAGGGGCCUUUCACCUGCCCUGAGUGUGGCAAAGAAUUCACUCUGUUAGCCACUCUGCUGACACAUCAGCAUGCUCACAAACCACCAUUAACCUGUCCAGAGUGUGUGAGGGACUCACUGUGUUAGUCUGUCUGCUGACACAUCAGCAUGAUCACAAACCACCAUUAACCUGUCCAGAGUGUGUGAGGGACUCACUGUGUUAGUCACUCUGCUGACACAUCAGCAUGCUCACACAGCACCUGCUUUGCGUGUGGGAAGGAAUUCACUCAGUUGUCCCACCCAUUGAGAUGCAGCAAGUUCACAAGUAAAUGCAGUGAUUGGAUUUUUCUGUCCAAGCGUGACCUGAUUUAAUGUCUUCAUAAUGAAGCAGCCUCUCAGUAACAGUCAUCACUGCAAGAUGGAAUUUCCCAUUCAUGUUUAGGGAGAGAAAAGUCAGUCUAAGACUAGAUUUGGGAAGUCAAAUAAAGGCGAGGGCCAGGGUAUGAAGACAUAAGUGAUUAAACUGAACUGCGGAAUGAAUUUCCUGGGUGACUGAAUGAGACAUAGUGUCAGAUGUUUAAGAAGAUUAGGUUCCCUACAGUGGGGAAACAGGCCCUUCGGCCCAACCAGUCCACACCGACCCUCCGAAGAGUAACCC